UUCGCCUACUUACAACCUAGUACCUGCUCCAGCAAGAGUUAUGUCUCACUGUGCUCUGUAGACUCAGCAAGUUCCGCCAUUCGACCCUCGAGAGCCAGACGCCCCUUCGCCGCGAUUCUUCAUGGCUUCAAGAGGAGUCGUGCUGCGCCUAUUGAGGCGUGAGACUCGGCCUAGCCCCUCUAGGCUUUCAAGACCAUCGUCAUCGUUAUGCAUCAGUUCUCGCGGCUCAAUCGCAACAUCAGGUAGACGGGCGAGUGUCCGCUGCUCAGCACACUCCAGGCCGAUCCAGGUUCGCGCAUUUUCGCAGUCGAUCUCAAGGAAUCUCACCGAUGAGAACGGUCACUUUGAUCCCCGGCAGGUUGAGCGGGAGUCGGACGAGGUAGACGUCUGCAUUGUCGGCGGUGGUCCUGCUGGUCUUAGCGCUGCAAUUCGAUUAAAACAACUUGCCAAUGAAGCCGGAAACGAAGAAUUUCGCGUUAUCGUCCUAGAGAAGGCUGGUGAGAUUGGCGCUCAUGUUUUAUCCGGCAAUGUGCUCGAACCUUCAGCUCUGGAAGAGUUAUUUCCGGACUGGCUGUCGGAGGAUAACCCUUCCCGUUUUGAAGGCGCCACCCCGGCCAAGGAGGAUAAGAUGCGGUUCUUGACGAAAAAUUCGUCGAUCCCGAUUCCUGCGCCACCACAAAUGAACAAUCAUGGGAAUUAUAUCAUCAGUCUGAACGAGUUGACAAAGUGGCUCGGCGAGCGGGCUGAGGAGCUGGGAGUGGAAGUAUACGCCGGAUUUGCUGCCAGUGAAAUCGUUUACAACUCGGACGGUUCAGUAAAGGGUGUGGCAACCAACGAUCUCGGUGUUGCUCGGGAUGGUCAAGCCAAAGAUACGUUUGAACGGGGAAUGGAGUUCCAUGCUCGUGUCACGCUUCUUGGAGAAGGCUGUCACGGUAGCUUGACCAAGCAAGUUACCAAGAGGUACGAUCUCAGACGGGACAGCCAGCCGCAAACAUAUGGAAUCGGUAUUAAGGAGGUGUGGGAAAUUCAGCCGGAGAAGUUCAAGUCGGGCGAGAUUACACAUUCCAUGGGAUACCCGCUGCCAAAGGAUACCUACGGCGGUGCUUGGAUGUAUCACUUUGGUGAAAACAUGGUCAGCAUUGGUUUAGUAGUCGGUCUUGAUUAUCCGAACCCGUGGUUGUCGCCCUAUGGAGAGUUCCAGAAGCUCAAGCAUCAUCCUCUGUAUCGCGAGGUCUUGGAGGGUGGAAAGUGCAUUUCCUACGGUGCUCGAGCAUUGAACGAAGGUGGUUACCAGUCAAUCCCUAAGUGUGCGUUCCCCGGAGGUGCCUUGAUUGGUGAUAGCGCAGGUUUCCUCAAUGUCCCCAAGAUCAAGGGCACGCAUACGGCGAUGAGGUCGGCGAUCUUGGCAGCAGAGUCUACGUUCGCCGCCCUGAGAAAUGACGCGGGUGGCACUGUGUUCCUAUUCGACUACGAGGACUCACUCCGUAAGUCUUCGAUUUGGAAGGAGCUGUACGAGGUCCGAAACAUGCGACCGUCUUUCAGCACACCCCUCGGUAUCUACGGAGGUAUUUUGUAUUCCGGCCUUGAGGCUUACAUUUUCCGCGGCCACACCCCGUGGACGCUCAAACACCACGGCACAGAUGCGGCAGCCACUAAGCUGGCAUCUGAAUGCGAGAAGAUCGAGUAUCCUAAGCCCGAUGGCAAGAUCUCUUUUGAUAUCCUGACUAGUGUGAGCCGAACGGGUACCAACCACGAAGAAGACCAGCCGGUGCACUUGCAAGUGGAAGACUGGGACAAGCACACGGACAUUGCCUGGCCCAAGUACAAGGGAGUUGAGAAUCGCUUCUGCCCGGCUGGGGUGUACGAAUAUGUGGAGGAUUCAAGUAAACCGCACGGGGUUCGGUUUCAGAUCAACGCUCAGAACUGCAUUCAUUGCAAAACAUGUGAUAUCAAGGUCCCAACCCAGGACAUCAACUGGCAAACCCCCCAGGGCGGAGAAGGUCCCAAGUACUUUAAGACAUAACAGGUAUUCGUGUUCAAUAUUAUGAGAUCACUUAGAUAGGUUUCUUAUUCUCUGUUGGAAGAACGUUUUUUUUUUAGU